UCGCGGUGUUCGGAUCAUCAAAAAUCACGUCAUCAACUUGAGAAUUAAAAACAUUUCUUAUCCAGACUUAUACCUCAACAUCCGUUAAAGUCCCUACUAGGAAACUGUGACGUGUUCUAUUUUUCUCCAAUAGCAAUAGCGAUUGCCAGACGCAUCAGGUGGACUGGGGCAUUAGAUCCGAUCAAUCGAUCGAUUUAAUUGAAUUAAUUCGAUUUUAGUAGGUCGUAACCCACAUGUCGGAGUAACAGCCACUGAAUUUAUUUUAACGUCCAUUUGGUUCUCACUCGAUGUUUAUUUUCGAAUUCUCACUCAUGCAACGAAUCAACACGUGAUUCUCGGUAAUUCAUUUGGACAGCGGGCCUUUUGGGCCCCGUUGGAUUUCCAAGAUGCGAAUGUAAACAAAUUAAUGAUUUUGAAUUUUGGGGGAAUUCGGGAUGGGAAAAAUACGAAAAAUUUCGAAGGCAAUCGUCAACACGAAUUGAUUCACUGAUCUAAUGAGUUUUGAAAAUCAAUUUUAUUGCAUUUCUCCAUAGGAAAAUUUAUAACAAAUCUAUAAUUAUCUAAAUCUAUAUUUUCUGGUAUGUACCAGGACGAACAGAAGAUGUAUAAAUAAUUUGAAUUUAAAUUGAAUAAAAAAUCGCGCAUUGAAACGUCAGACGCACCUCCCACACAGUAAAAUUUAUUCGUCGAUUAAUAAAUGAAGAGAAAUAUUAAAUGAAUUCAGAAAAAUAUUAAAAAACUCUAUCAACAUUAAAACGAGUCAUCAUCACAAUCGAGGAAUGGCGAUAAUUAAUUAACGGUUCAUUAAAAAGUGAAUAACCCGAGACGUCGCACUCCGUCAUCCGAAAAACGGUAAUUGUUGAAAAAAAAAAAUGUGGAUUGCAUUAAAAUAAACUUGACUCCUUCUCCAACUCGUUAGGUUUGUUAUAAAUAUAAGAGAGACGGAAAUGCGACGCAGUACAACGAUAACGACUACGAGGCCGUGUAAAGUUGGCAAACGCCAGCAUUUUGGUGAGAAUGACGAGGUGAGCGUUUUCAUUUGCGACAUUUUCAACUGACACGGCAUUACAGCGACUGAUAAAGUGAAGAAAAAAAUAGUGGACAUUUUAUUUGAAUGGACUAAUCAGUUUUUAAUCAAGAGUGACAGUUCCGCGGAGCGUUAAAUAAAUCGGCAUGUUCAAGUUGUCAUCAUCCAGGCAGGACAGGGAGACAUGGACGAGAGAUAUACGGCUGCAAUUGAACGAGCAGCUGAGAUGUCUCGACGUGAGGAUGGAGUCCCAGGUGGCACUUGUAGCGGAACUCCAGGACUUCUUCCGCAGAAGAGCGGAACUUGAGUUAGAUUACAGUAAAUCACUGGAUAAAAUGGCUAGAAGUAUUCAAUUGAGGCAUAAGGAGCAAAAACAAAAGAGGGAGCAGUGGCCCUUAUUUUCGAGUUAUGCCUGCUGGCAGCAGCUAGUGAACGAAACAAAAUCCCUGAGCAGGGACCACGCAGCCCUCUCCGAGGUUUACAGUACUCAUCUCGUGGGACGUCUCAAUCAAGUUAUGGAAGAUGUCCAGAGAAUUUACAGACGCUGUCGUGAAAUUGGUUAUGAGACGCACGAGGAAAUCCUCAGGGUACUCCACGAAUUGCACACGACAAUGAAGACUUAUCAGGCUUAUCAGGGAGAAUCACGACAGGCUGAGACUAAACUCAGAGUUGCUGAGCAGCAGAGGAGCAAACUCGAAGUGACGAAUGCACCACCUGAAAAAUUAGCUAGGAGUAAAAAAUACAAACUCAUCGAGAAGGAAGUUAACAAGAGGAAGGCGAAGUACACGGAGGCGAAAUUGAAAGCCCUGAAAGCUCGCAACGAGUACAUUCUCUGCUUGGAGGCCUCAAACACAACAAUUCACAAAUACUUUGUGGACGAUCUGUCUGAUCUGAUCGAUUGCAUGGACUUUGGCUUUCACAAUUGCAUCGCCCGGGCCCUCCUGAUGCACUGCAGUGCAGAAGAGGGUAGACAAAGAUCGCUGCAAUCAGGUGCUGAACAAUUAGCUGCGUGCGUCGGUUCCCUGGACUCGAGGGCUGACAAGCAGCGAUUCCUGGAGUCACAUCACGCCGCCUUCAUGAUCCCCAAGAAAUUUGAAUUCCAGUGUCAACGCGGUGACGACGCCCACGAGCCAGAACUCCAGAAGAUUCUUCACACUGAGAUGGAGCAGAGACUGACGCAGCUCCAGCAGAGGGUGACCUCCUUGAGGACCGAGUCUGAGGAGGUCUGGAAGACCCUUGAAACGGCUGAAGCCAGUCUCCUGGAGAUGCUGACAGCUAAGGAUUAUGAUUGCACCAGGUAUUUUGGUGAUAAUUCAGUGCCAACAUCGAAACCACCAGAGACAGUACAGAUUAAAUUACGCGCAGACAGACAGGAGACUGAGGACUUUUACCUCAUGAAAUUCCGGGAGUAUCUGUUAGGGACGUCUAGGAUAGCUCGACUCGAUGCCAAGCAGGAGUAUAUCCGUCAGUCUCUCCAGGAUGGCUCAAAUGCCAGUCCCAAUCCCUCGAUAUCCACCUCCAAACAGAAACAGGCGCGUAGAAAAAGAAUUGGUCGUCUCCAGAUGAAUGGACAGCCAAAAUUAUUCGGGGGAUCACUCGAGGAAUAUCUGGAGACGAUGAACCAGGAGAUUCCCCUCAUCGUCAAGAGCUGCAUAAGAGUGAUAAAUCUUUAUGGGCUUCACCAUCAGGGAAUAUUCCGAGUUUCAGGGUCACAGGUUGAGAUAAAUAAUUUUAGAGAGUGGUUUGAACGUGGGGAGGACCCUCUGGCCGAUGUCACCGAUGCCUCCGACAUCAAUUCUGUCGCUGGAGUUCUCAAACUAUAUCUCAGAGAACUCAGGGAACCACUCUUUCCUAUUAUAUACUUUGAGCAUCUCAUGGAGCUCGCACAACUAGAAUCCAAACAGGAAUUUGUACUCAAGAUGAAGGAACUCAUAUCCAGUCUUUCUAGACCUGUUGUUAUCGUUAUGCGGUAUCUCUUUGCUUUUCUCAAUCAUCUCUCGGAGUUCUCUGAUGAGAAUAUGAUGGAUCCGUACAAUCUCGCUAUUUGCUUUGGCCCUACACUCGUUCCUGUACCUGAAGACAAGGAUCAGGUGCAGUAUCAGAAUCAGGUCAAUGAACUUAUCAAGAAUAUUAUAACAUUCUGCGAGGAGAUAUUCCCUGAUGACAUCGGGGGCAUUCAGUAUGAGAAGUACAUCAGCAGAGAACCAGAUGACGGGGACGUGGGGGAUUCGCCCACUGAACAAGUUCAAGAGGAUAUGGAUUCCGAGGUCUAUCCCUCUGAGGAUGAAUCAGAAAAUCUUGAGGCAACAGCUCAAUUCGAUUUUAACGCACGAUCAGAGCGUGAAUUGAGUUUCAAAAAAGGUGAUACCAUAACUCUUUAUAUGCAAGUGAGUUAUGACUGGUGGAGGGGCUCGGUGGGUGGACGAGAGGGACUCAUCCCUGAUAAAUAUAUAAUGCUCAAGAUAAAGGAUGAAGAGCGUGACAAAGACCUGUUGAAGUCCUCCAGUGAAGAGUCAAUGCGUAGACGAGCAUCAAGCUCAGCAGACAGCACUCUCUCGAGCAAUAAUUCACCUCUGAUGGGACCAAAUAGCAAUCACAACAAUGCAUGGCCUACGACAAAUGCAUCAGACACUGUAACGACUUCCGGGGCUCCUCAACAUACCGAAGUCAUUCCCAACAAUGCCAUUAUAUCGAUGACAGUGGGGAGCACAGCCUGUGCCUCGCAAACGCUCAUCAGUCGAGAGGAAGUCCCAGGGAAGCCCUCGACACCAUCGAGUGAAUUCCCAUCCGACUGCGCCCUUCGUGACGAGAACGGAAGUGUCAACGACUUCCUGGACGCCCUCUCGACAUCGAGUGACCCAGAGCCGUCCCUGGAGGACAUCCCAGGUGAUGCCCAGCCCCGAGGAAUUUCUCGAAAGCAGCAGUGGAAAUCCCAAAGUGUUCUGGAGGGUUCGCCACCCCAGGACGAUAGCCCCGAGACAAAAACAUUCUCAGCAAAUCGAGAGCUCUGGCAGAAACGUGCGACCUCUCAGUGCAAUCUGGUGCCACCGACGCCUCCAAAGUCCUUCCGAGUACUCCAGGAAUUUCGGGACAUGCGUCAAAAACAUACACCAGAUCUGGUGAUGGAUUUACCCCUGACACCUCAGGAUGACAGCAAAAAAUCGUCAUCGAGUCUCAGCAGCUCGGACGAUGAGUCAUCAGUCCUUCCAAAUCCCUCGCAGGGUCCAGAGUCACCUGACAUGAGCACAGCGGAAAGGUUUGCCAAGCAGAAUCAGUGCACCCUGAAGAAAAACACAAAAACCAAUGGGGGAAAUUCGGAGAGAAUCAAGAGUCUUAUUGAUGAUGAGGAUCAGGGUGAGGGCAGUGAGAUCGUCAGGUCGGCCAGUAGCAGUGAAAUAACUGGCAAUGAUGUGCCAAUGCGUUCUCCACUGCCACCGAGGUCGACACCACUUAUUGCUGCUAAAUUCGCUGAUAUGAGACUGACUGGUGGUAGCCAGCAAGUGUCUUCCUUCAAACCACAGGUCAAGGUUAAGCCUACGAUAUUGAGGAAACCGGUUAUGCCUUUUCCACAUCCGCACAUGAGUCCUGAACUCGCCAGGAAAAUUGAGAAACAGGUACAGAGUAAUUCUGAGGGUCAGGCGAAUUAAUCCUUCCUCGGGGGAUUUUAUUGGGGUUCAGGAGGGAGCUGGAGGAUUUUCUAAGGGGACUUUUUUGUGGGGAAUUUUCAGAGCUGCAAAAAAGCUCCCGAAAAAAUUCUCGUGAGGGUUAUAGAUUCCGAGGUAAUCGGCGAAAACCGACGAUCCAGUGAGGGAGGGAAUUCGAUUUGUUGAGGGGGUGGUUUGAUUUUUGGAGGGUAGACUGGAAUCGAUGGGAGAUGGGGAAUUCUUCAGGGGAACUUUUUUUUCACGAAUUACGAGAUCUGGAAAAAAGUUCCUGUGAGAAUUCUUGUAUCACCCAUAGAUUUAAAGAUAUUCCUGAAAAACAGACUCUCGAUUUAUCUUUUUUUCAAUUUUGCUACCGAAUAUUGGCUCUCGAUGUGGAUAAACAAGAAAUAUCGUAGGUAUUAUAUACAGGGAAUUUUUUAAUGCGUAAUGGAAUAAUUGUGUUAACGUGUGACCAUAUUUUCGUAGGUUCUUUAACGAUUUGAAGGUACGUUUGAAGAAUGUUUGUAACGAAUUUUUACAAAGAGAAGUGAAUUGAUGAUGAAUUUCGAGGGAAUUCCAAUUUUACGAGACAUUUGUGCUUUCUACAGUUGAUGACCAAUCCCACAGGAGAUAAUCAUCUAGAAUUUCCCCCCCACUCUAUUAAAUAUCACCACUAGGACUUGAUUAAUCUUCUAAAUCGCAGGGAAAUCAUUAUUUCCCUUUUUUUUAAUUCUGUGUCUAGCUAGCAAUGCAGAUGUAUACGCCCUUCCCCUCGAUAAAAAAAAAAUUUCUUCUAGUCGUCAUGCAGUAAUAAACUUGUAAUCGCACAAUGCACGUCAUAAUACCGAAAAAAUGAUUACAAAAUACGAAUGAUACAUCGAAUAACGAAAAUCAGUAGCAAAGAGGUGCAGGUGUUCGAGUGGAUUUCAGGCCCUCAAUAUCUGGAGAUCCGAGAGAGAUACUGAAAUUUUUUUAGAAUCUUUUUUGUGCAGAAUUUCAUGAGCUACAAAAAAGUCUGAAUAAUUAUUUUGAUAUCUUCUCUGGAUUCUGAGAUAUUGCGCAAAAAUCGGGGACUCGCUGAAAUUCGCUCGGAGAAUUUUACUGUUUUGCUUCUGAAAUGUAGAUAUAAUUACCUAGUACGCGUUUUUGUAUGGAUGUAAUUUAUUUUUUAUCACCACAUACAUCUCCCAAGCCCCCGAUUGCGAACAAUACGAUUAAAUAAUUAGUAAGAAGAGGAUUAUAUUUCCGAAACGAGUGAAUUUUCAUUUUAAACGAUGCAACGAGAGACAAACGAAAAAAUGGUGCCGAGAGCAAUUGAACGAUUGAUUUACGGUCGUUAAUGAGACAUUUUCCGAUCAUUUGAAUCCAAAAUGUUCGAUAUAAUUCAGUUAUUAAGUGUACAGCUUACUCCAACGAUACCGUAGUGGUAGAAUAAUCCGAGACUGGGUGAUAGCCAAUUGGCAAAAUUAACUAUUGUUGAUUAACAUUCGACAUUUCUCCCUGCUUUAUUCAUCCUGAUAGAGAGAUUACAAGAUAUUAAACGCUGAUUGUGUAUACUCAUGCCUUUCCGUUGAAGGGAACAAAGGAAUUUAACAAUUUUAACCCAAAAACCACAAUUACUCUCGUCAUUCAAUUUUCACCAGUUAAAACCGCAAUUAUCUCGGUAACGAGUGGCACCACGACAAAAAGUCACUAAAAACUUGUCCGAGAGCGUAAAAUUUCCAAGAUAAAGUUCUUACGACAUUUUCCUCUACAACCACUCGUUCUCGAAAUAAUCACUGGAUUAACACAAAAAGAUUUCAAAACAACUUUAAUCCUAGUCGACUAGUUUUUUGAGAAUAUCUCGCAAUCGAAUGAAAAAACCGAAAUAUUCAUAAUCAACUUAUUUCUAGAGAAAAAAAAAAGUUGCAAAAAAGGUGGAGUAAAAAUUUUUCCAUCUGCCACAGAUCCCGAGAUAUAAACCUAAAUCUAAAAGAAUGAAUUUCUUAAUUCCCUUCAACUUAUUAAUAUAACGGAUUAUAUAACCGUAAUAUCGAUUGAUAAUACAAAUAAGCUGAAGAUAAACUCAUAUAUAUUCUUUGAGAAUAUUUGUCCACGGGAUUGAUAAGAAUUUUGCAUAAACCGAUGCAGAGGUCCAUGAAGAAAAAUAAAUAAAUAAAUACGAGCCACCCCAUUCCCAAGACUAAUAAUCCAUUUCAGUGUGGAAAAAUUUCGUGAUGGCAUUAUAUUAAACCCA